AUGGGAGAUGACCCUUCACAACCGUCGGUAUCCAAUACAAAUCAUAGGAAAGAGAUGAACAGAAGCAGAUUCGACCGAUUUGUGAGGAAGGUAGGCCAGAAACUGCUGCCAAAGCCAUGCGACACAAUCUUCGUACCGUCUUCGAUUGCAUCAGUAGGGACGGCCUUGCCAGAGCUUUCCAUCGACACGUUUGGCGGUGAGGCAGCUGGAUCGGGUUAUGGAUGGAUUAACACUCCGGGUGUUGGAGAACCAUAUCACGGCGUCGAAUCCGUUAUCAAAGCACAACAGCUGGGAUUGCAAAUGGUAAAUGAGCGAAUAGAAUGGACAAAGGAACAGAUUGAUUUAUGUUGCAGUGAUGAGAAGAUGAUUGCGGAAUUUGUUGCCGAAGCAUUUGUAGAAGAGCUGAACGCGAUUCGUAACAAGUCGGACUAUUUGGCAUUGCGUGAGAGUGUGAAGCGGCUUGAGAACGAGAUUAACGAACUCCGGCAGCUUUCGCCAAAAUCUAUGUCAACCGUAGUCGAUCAACUGGUAGAUAUGGGCUUUGAUCGAGUUCGUGUUGAAUAUGCUUAUGAGCAAACUGGUAAAGGUCCACUGGAAGUGGUUAUGGAUUGGUUGAUUAGUCACGAAGAGGAAGAGAUACCUCCUCCGCAGCAAACUACUGAAACCGCAGACGUUGGUAAAUCAACGGAGACGAAAUCUACACGUGCCCAUUUGAAAAUCUUGACGAUGUGCUUCUUUUUCCGCUGCAACAAGUUGUUUCGAGACGAAAAUGGAAUGAUGUUUCACGCCGCUAAAUCAGGCCAUGAAAACUUUUCGGAGAGCACCGAGACUGUUGCAUCGCUAACUCCUGAAGAACGUGCUAAAAAGGCUGCCGAAUUACGAGAGAGAAUAAAGAUUGCUCGCGCUCAAAAAGAGGAAGCAGAAAGGAAAGAGGAGAUCGAGAAGGAGCGUCGUCGUCGUGAAGAGGGCAAAAAAAUGCUGGAAGUCAAGCAGAAACAGAGGGAAAAUGAGUUAAGGGCACUACUUAUGGUCUUUGUCAGUCUCUUCCGAGUGUUUUAUGCUGCAUUAGUGUUUCACAAGGCUUGUUUUUUUGAUGCUUAA